AUGGUUCUGGCUAUAGCUGACCAACACGCGAUUUCUCUUGGCCCAAAGUCUUCGAAAGAGUUGCACGACAACAUUCGGCGGAUGGCAUGCAGUCUAUUGGCUUGUGGUGUCGACCCGUCUAGGACGUUAUUGUUUCGUCAGAGCGACGUCCCUGAGAUCUCGCAACUUUGCUGGAUACUUGGUUCCUUGCAAACAGUUGCCCAACUCCAGCGGUUGCCUCAGUAUAAGGAGAAAGCCAGCAAGUUUACUCGAGGUGACGUUCCCGUUGGACUCCUCACCUACCCGAUCCUCCAAGCCGCUGACGUCCUCAUGUUCAAGGCGACUCAUGUCCCAGUGGGUGCCGAUCAGGCUCAGCACAUGAAUUUGUUGGCUGAUUUAGCAGAUCAUUUCAAUAGUCACUAUAAAACCAUGUACUUUCCGCGACCUAAACAGGUGAUACAGCCAGUUACGUCUCGAGUGCGAAGCUUGCGAGAUCCACUGAAAAAGAUGAGCAAGUCAGAGAAGAGUGCGAGGUCGAGGCUAGAGAUCAGUGAUUCCGCCGAGGAGAUUGAGGAGAAAUGUCGGAAGGCGGUCAGCGACACCGAGUCCCGGCUUUCAUACAGUCCUGACACCCGACCAGCUAUCAGCAAUUUGAUUGAUCUCUACCGAGCUGUCACUGGCGCAAGUAUAUCAGCUGUGACAGAGAGCGGUUGGGACCAGUUUGAGCUGAAAAAGCACUUGUCGCGAGCUGUCGCCGAGCGUUUCCUACCUAUAAGAGAGAAGUUUCUGUCAUUGGAAAAGGGCCAACAGGUGGAUGAAAUUCUGUUCGAAAAUGGAAAAAAGGCGCGAUCGAUAGCCGAACAGAAUAUGGACGAAAUCCGUCGGAUUGUUGGUUUUUCAUAG